AUGCUGCUGGCCGGGAGCCCCGGGCGGGCGAGCGGCCCCCGGGCUCGGGGCAGGACGGGCACAGUGCGGGGUGGGACCGGGGCUGGCACGGCCCCGGUACCGGCCAGUCCAGGAAAAUCACCGCAGGCUGUCUUGCAAGCCGGUGUGCCAGGCGCUGCCCCUGCCCCCGCCCUGCUGGAAGAGCUGCUGAGGGAGCUGCAGCUCCUGCUGAAAGGCAUGGCUAAGGGGCAGGUGAAAAUGCGCAGGAAGGCCUGGGAAGGGCGUGAAGAGGAGGAGAAGGAAAGCCGUGCAGGCACCCCGCAGGCUGGGGCCCACCAUCGCGUGGAAGCAGCCUUCCACUGCCGGACACGUGAAAACAUCUCUGUGGAGCAGAGAUCGCGGCAGGAGCUGCGGUUCUACUACAUCCCGGAGAGGGAGGGAACGUUCCACCGUGGCUCGGGGCUGAACCUGACCAGCGGGCAGUACACGGCCCCCGUCGCAGGGUACUACACCUUCACCGCCACGCUGCGCAUCGUGCGCAGGGAGCAGCGGCGGAAGGGGCAGCCGGGCACGGGGAACCGUCUGCGGGCGCUGAUCUGCGUGCAGUCCCGCUGCCAGCACAACAGCAAUUUGGAAACCGUGUCCCGGCUGGAGAAUGGUAGUGACCUUUUCACCAUCUCUGUCACCGGAAUCCUUUACCUAGAGGCUGGGCAGUACACUUCUGUUUUUGUGGACAACGCUGCAGGCUCUCCCCUCACUGUUCAAAGCAACUCUGAUUUCAGCGCCAUUCUGCUGGGGGUGUGAAGCAGCGCUGGGCACUGCACAGGGAGCUGCACCUGUGCCAGAGCUGGACCCUCCCUCUGCCAGCCACCCUCACACUUCCCUGGCUCAGCACCAAGCCCAGGGAAGAUCUUUUG